UCACAACAAGUCGGCGGAGGGCGAGAGGCAGAGGGAUGAUGGCGUCUCUGGCGGCUUGAUUCCGGUGCAGCCCAGGAGAAAAAAAUAAAAUAAAAAAAAUCCGCCUUAAUAAGCUUGUGGGUGGGAGGGUGGCUGAGGAGUGAGGGUGGAAGGGGUGAGAGAGCAACAGCGACAUGAUGAAACCCCACCGCGGAGAAAGGAUGGACAAACUAGUCUGAGAGAGACGGACGGACGGACACAGUCGCCUCCUUCCCCCCUUCUCCCCCUCCUCCUCACUGACGGUUUGACUGACACACACACACACACACACUCUCACACACUCUCUCUCUGUAAGAGGCGCCUGGCAAAGACACAGACAUACAUGCACACCAGCCACUUUUUGCAAACCCGCCCGCUGCGCAUCGGAGCCGGCAGUAAUUGGACCUCCUCAGCUGAUGAAGGUUUUUCAUGUCCAGCCUUGUCCAGGAUCUCAGUGACCCCGACGGAAAGGAGUUCGACUUGACAGGAUGGGGGGAGUCAGUGAGGGAGAUGAUGUGUUGGCUCGUUGGAGCGAUGGACUCCUGUACCUUGGCAAUGUAAAGAGAGUCGACGGAGUCAAGCAGUGCUGUUUGGUGAGAUUUGAGGACAACUCUGAGUUCUGGGUGCUGAGGAAGGACAUUCACUCAUUCUCUGCUGGAGUGGAAGAAGUUUGCUGUAUUUGUGACGCCCCGCCUCUUAAAGAACACCUCAUAAAUUGUCUUAAAUGUCGCCACGGUUAUCAUCCAGAGUGCCACACGCCGACCAUCGAGCCAGAAGCUGACAGCGACUCCUGGAUUUGUCGACAAUGUGUCUUUGCAGUCGCAACCAAGAGAGGCGGUGCUCUCAAACGAGGACGCUUCGCCCGGCUCAUGCAGUUCAUGAAACUCCGGCUCCCCUACCAGCUCUCGUCCUUAGACUGGGACCCUCAGCAUCUGACCAAUCAGCAGCAGUGUUACUGCUACUGCGCCGGACCUGGAGAGUGGAACCUAAAGAUGCUGCAGUGUGGCAGCUGUGGCCAGUGGUUCCAUGAGGCCUGCACACAGUGUCUGUUAAAGCCGUUGCUGUAUGGAGACAGGUUUUAUCAGUUCCAGUGUUCAGUCUGCACAAAGGGACCAGAGACCGUCCAGAGGUUACCCAUGACCUGGGUGGACUUGGCUCAUUUGGUGCUCUACCACCUCUCGCUGUGCUGUAAGAGGAAAUACUUUGAUUUCGACCAUGAAAUCCUGUCCUUCACCAACGAGAACUGGGACUCGUUGCUCCUGGGCGCGCUUUCUGACACGCCGAGGCAGGACCGGUGUCACAAUCUCCUCAACGCUCUCAACUCUCACAAGGACAGGUUCGUUUCUGGAAAGGAGAUCAAGAAGAAGAAGUGUCUGUUUGGGUUGCAGGUACGAGCUCCGCCUCCACUGACGUCUGAUUCGUCGCCUCUCGUCACUGAUCCUCCUAUCAGCAUCACCCACCGGAAAAGCCCGUUGUCACUGCCCUGCCAGAGGAGAGUUGGGGGUUCGGAGUCCCGUAAAUCAAAGCGUCGCAUCAUGGAGACACAGGCAUGUCCACCUCCAGUCGUUACCAACCCAGUGGAACUCCUGCCUUGUUGCCAUGGCUACAUGGGAGGACCCAACCUUUUUAACUCCAGGAAGUAUGAUGAAGAGAUCAAUACAAGCUCCCCUCCCAAGCGAAUGUAUGCCCUGUACCACAGCUCCUACAACGGGAAUAACGCUCUCUCCAGGGGACUUCAUCACUACGACAGUAUGGAGGACAUCUGCAGGUUACCACCAACGUGCUUCACAUACCCCUUCAGCUCCAACGGGAACCCCCAUCUCCAUCACCUCCACCAGCACAGCCACCAACACAACCAGAAGCAGCUGGAGCCCCUCAUCCUGCGCGACGUCCCUCCCUAUCAGAGCAGCGCGGUCGGCGGCGGGGCCAGCGGCGGCGCGGGAAGCGAAGCAGGAACGGGCGUGGGUACGGGAGGGGGUGACGGGACUGUGUCCAGGAGCUGGGCGGGAGGAGGGGAGGCUGUGAGGAUCUUGGCCAGACGCGUGACUCCAGAUGGGAAGGUGCAGUACCUGGUGGAGUGGGACAACAUGGGGCUGUACUGAGUGGGAGGACAGGAGACGCUGACUGUUUGGCUGUGGCCACCGGACUGUUGUGUAUUUAAAUAUGUGGAUAAAGAAACAAAAAAAAUCCAAUCUGCAUAAGGUACAGAUCGAGGUUUCUCUCAGAGUAUCACCUCAGUUCGACAUCAUUAUAAGCUCAGUACUAGGUGUUCCUCUUUGCUAGUGUUCCUCUGAUAUUUGUACCGUUAACUUUGGAAUAUGUUUGAAUUUAUCAUGUUUUACAUCGACGGUGGAAACUACUUCAACCUCCAGAUAUUUUAUCAGUGUUUCACCCUUAUUAGGAAAAACAGAUAUAAGGGUUUAUAAACUGUAUAUACAGUACUCUACUGCAGGUACACAAGAUAUUAGAAGAACCACUUCCUGUUUCUUUUGUAUUUUACUGUUUUUAAUUUGAAAUUUUCCUGAGAAAUGUUUAUUUUCCUGCUUCAUUAUAGAUACCUUGAUCCCAGUUGGUGAAAAUAUUGGCACUGUGAGAAGACACAAAGAAUAAAACAGAAGAAAGCUUA